CAAGUCCCAAGAUCAAGGGACUAAAUUGGUAGUCCUCAAUGUUAGUGAGAAUAUCAGUAAUAACCCAGUUUAAGCCACUCUCUUGAUCUCCUCUUCCUCCUCCUGCAGUUGAAAGGUUUCUGGCGUUGCAAUUUGUACAUAGCUUCACUGCAUUGAUCACUGUAACACAUAUUGUUUUCACAACAGAAUAUUUGUACAUAGCUUCACUGCAGUGGUCACUGUAACACAUAUUGUUUUCUCAACAGAAUAUCUUUGAAGACCGAGACCUUAGGUGUUUUCAUUGUUUCUCCAGCAGCUAGCCUAGUAUUUGGCAUAUAACAUACAUCGUAUAGAUGUGUUCAUUGAAUAUGAUUAUGCUGAUGGUUUUGGCACUCCCGUAUUGAAUCCAGGCAGAUGCCGAUUUCCUUAGCCUUCUCUUCUACAUUGCAAAAUUGAGCACAUCAGUAUUUGAUUUUUGUGUGUUUCUUCCUAAGUUCAUAGUGUGCUGAUUGGAAGACUCAGUUAUCACUCUGGCCCUGCCAACUGAGUUUCGGUAGCCCCUGGUCCCUGCACUCCGAGGGGCCAUCAGGGUGCACCUGCAGGAAAGGAGGGGAAGCGUGCAUCCUUGGGUCACUCAUAGCUCCUGGGGCGGCCUGAGCUUCUCAGGGACAGCAUUACUGAGGCUGCUUCAGGUGGGCGAGGGGAAGGUUUGGGUUUCAGCGUGCUGUAAGGAAUGUUUCUGAUGUCUCUAGUAGUUGGUGUGGAUGACUACAGCUCAGAGUCUGAUGUGGUUAUUAUACCUUCAGCCCUGGACUUUGUCUCACAAGAUGAAAUGUUGACACCCCUGGGGAGACUGGACAAGUAUGCUGCAAGUGAGAACGUGUUUAACAGACAAAUGGUGGCCCGGAGUUUGCUGGAUACACUGAGGGAAGUCAGCAAUGAUGAAAGAGAUUGUAUUGCUGUUUUGGAAAGAAUUAGCAGAUUAGCUGAUGAUUCAGAACCAACUGUGAGAGCAGAGCUGAUGGAACAGGUGCCUCAUAUUGCAUUGUUUUGUCAAGAAAACCGGCCUUCAAUCCCAUAUGCUUUUUCCAAAUACUUACUACCCAUUGUGGUUAGAUAUCUCGCAGAUCAGAAUAACCAGGUGAGAAAAACGAGUCAGGCAGCUUUGCUGGCUUUGCUGGAGCAGGAGCUAAUUGAGCGAUUUGAUGUGGAGACCAAAGUAUGCCCAGUCCUCAUAGAACUAACGGCUCCAGAUAGCAAUGACGAUGUGAAAACCGAAGCUGUGGCUAUGAUGUGCAAAAUGGCCCCGAUGGUUGGGAAGGACAUCACGGAGCGCCUCAUCCUCCCGAGGUUUUGUGAGAUGUGCUGUGAUUGCAGAAUGUUUCAUGUUCGGAAGGUCUGUGCUGCCAAUUUUGGAGACAUUUGCAGUGUGGUGGGCCAGCAAGCUACCGAGGAAAUGCUGCUGCCCAGGUUUUUCCAGCUUUGUUCUGAUAACGUAUGGGGCGUCCGGAAGGCUUGUGCCGAAUGCUUCAUGGCGGUUUCGUGUGCAACAUGCCAAGAAAUCCGACGGACUAAAUUGUCAGCACUGUUUAUUAAUUUGAUCAGUGAUCCUUCACGUUGGGUUCGCCAAGCAGCUUUCCAGUCUUUGGGCCCUUUCAUCUCUACUUUUGCUAAUCCAUCCAGCUCAGGCCAGUAUUUUAAAGAAGAAAACAAAAGUUCAGAAGACAACACGUCAGUAGAAGACAAAAAUAGGCUCAGACAUGGAGAAGAGGUCCCAGAGGACAUACAAAUCAGGCCAGAGGAUGCUCCUUCAGAUCUCAGUGUUAGUGAGUCCAGUGUCGAACUGGAAAACAGGAUGGAAGAUCCUGCUGAAACAUCUAGAAAUUCUCCAGGUGAAAUAAGUGUUCCAGUGGACAGCUCUUUACAUUGUACUUUGUCCUCAGAAUCUCAUCAGGAAGCAGCUAGUAAUGAGAAUGCUAACAAAUCCGGUAACUACAAAUCUGCAUUGCAGCCAGAGGUUGGCACCAGUUCACAAGGUUCCACUAUCUUAGAUCAGGAAUUGUACAACUCCUUCCAUUUCUGGAGGACUCCUCUUCCUGAAAUAGAUCUAGAUGUAGAGCUUGAACAAGACUCUGGGAAAAAACUCAGCCCUGAGAGACCAGAAGAAACUCCUGAAAGCACCGUGCCAGGUUCUCCAAAUAUUACCAUGGCUACCAGAAAGGAGCUGGAAGAAAUGAUAGAAAACCUAGAGCCCCAUAUUGAUGAUCCUGAUGUCAAAGCGCAAGUGGAAGUGCUGUCUGCUGCCCUACGGGCUUCCUGUCUGGAUGUGCACGAAGAGACGAUCAGCGUAGAAAAGAGAAGUGAUUUGCAAGAUGAACUGGGUAUAAAUGAGCUACCAAAUUGUAAAAUAAAUCAAGAUGAUUCUGUGCCUUUAAUCAGCGAUGCUGUUGAGAAUAUGGACCCCCCUCUUCGCUACAUUCACGAUGACUCAGACUUGAGCACCAACACUGGUUUUAGCCCUGAUGAGGAAAGGAAAUCGAAAGUACAAGAUGUUGUCCCCCAGGCCUUAUUAGACGAGUAUUUAUCUAUGACGGACCCGUCACGCGCGCAGACGGUCGACACUGAGAUCGCCAAGCACUGCGCCUACAGCCUCCCCGGGGUGGCCCUGACACUGGGCAGGCAGAACUGGCACUGCCUCCGGGAGACCUACGAGACCCUGGCCUCAGACAUGCAGUGGAAAGUUAGAAGAACUUUAGCCUUCUCCAUCCACGAGCUGGCAGUUAUCCUUGGAGAUCAGUUGACAGCUGCAGAUCUGGUUCCCAUUUUUAAUGGAUUUUUAAAAGACCUCGAUGAAGUCAGGAUAGGUGUCCUUAAACAUUUGCAUGAUUUCCUGAAGCUUCUUCAUAUUGAUAAAAGAAGAGAAUAUCUUUAUCAGCUUCAGGAGUUUUUGGUGACAGAUAAUAGUAGAAAUUGGCGCUUUCGAGCUGAACUUGCUGAACAGCUGAUUUUACUUCUAGAGUUAUAUAGUCCCAGAGACAUUUACGACUAUUUACGUCCUAUUGCUCUGAAUCUGUGUGCAGAUAAAGUUUCUUCUGUUCGUUGGAUUUCCUACAAGUUGGUUAGCGAAAUGGUGAAGAAACUGCACAUGGCCACCCCGCCGACAUUCGGAAUGGACCUCAUCAACGAGCUUGUGGACAGUUUUGGUAGAUGUCCCCGAUGGUCCGGCCGGCAGGCCUUUGUCUUUGUCUGCCAGACUGUCAUUGAAGAUGAUUGCCUUCCCAUGGACCAGUUUGCUGUGCAUCUGAUGCCACAUUUGCUAACUUUAGCAAACGAUAGGGUCCCAAACGUUAGAGUACUACUUGCAAAAACAUUAAGACAAACUUUAUUAGAAAAAGAAUACUUCCUGACUUCCGCCAGCUGCCAUCAAGAAGCCGUGGAGCAGACAAUCAUGGCACUUCAGAUGGACCAGGACAGCGACGUACAGUACUUCGCGAGCACUCACCCCUCCAGCACCAGGAUUGCGGAAGAUGCCACGAGCACAGCCUCGUCCACUUACUAGGAAGCUCGGCUCCAGGUCUUCCCUGCGUUCUCUGCGUGCUACUCACGGUGCAGUCUGGGACGGCCUUUCGUCAGGGUGGAAAGAUCUUCCUCUCUUGCCGGCCUGACUUGCAGGUGAAAGUUUUUCCACACCUCAGACCAGGGAUUGGAAGAGUCAAGAGAAAGUACAGUAAACACUAUUAUCUCAUCUUGACUUUAAGGGAAAAUAAUUUCUCAGAGGAUUAUAAUUGUCACCGAAGCCUUAAAUCCUUCCGUCUUCCUGACUGAAUGAAACUUGAAUUGGCAGAGCAUUUUCAUUACGGAAGGGAUGAUAUUCCAAGAGAUCCGCAGUGCUCUCUCCUGGUUUUAUUUAACAACCAGUAGAUGGAAUUCUUAAAGCCAAAAGGCGGAUGUGAGCCAGUAUGCGAGAGACCUUCAGUAUUAGCUCUAAGCAUUUUUACCCACACCAGGACCUGCCUGGGCCCCACGGCCGCCCCGCCCAACCCAGAGGGUGGAUAGUUUUUGAUGAGUGUAAAUGGGAAAGGAGAUUUUUGGGGAUUUCUCCUAAGGGCUUAAUGCUAACACUAAAAUAGAAUCUGAUUUUAACUCUUAAAUGCAGCAUAUUGCUGUACAUCUUUACAGAACAUUUGCUCGGUAUCUUAUGUCCUGAAUUUUUUCAUGCUGGUCAUGACCUGAAGGAAAUUUAUUAGUACAUGCACUGUCUGUCGGGUAGUUUUAACUUGAUCAUGACCGGCUCUAGGGGCAGCUCUCUGUUCACACACCAUCCGUGUCCGUGACCACUCUCGGAGUGCUGCCGUCUUUAAUCAUGCUGUUCGGAACUGUGUGGCACAAGUUCUUGGACUUGUCCAAAUAAAAUUUAUUAAGAUCUAUAUAGAGAGAUAUAUACACUUUUGAUUGUUUUCUAGCUGUCUGCUAAUAAAUGCAAUUUGUGACCUAUAUUAAUGAUUUAGUAUAAAAUGGGGAAACUAGAUUAAAGUAUUUGUCUUUUA